GUUCAACAAGUAGCACAUGCGCAGAGCGAUGUAGCCAUAUGACACAAACAGCAUGGCGACGUCCUUACAGCGCUUCGCCUCGGCUGGAAGGUACCUUGUAAAUAGGAAUGUAUUCAAGAUUGGUGCCUUCACCAAGCCCAUAACUGAACCGCACAGACUCCUGUCAACACAGGCUGCACAGCAAGUGGUGCUAAAUGUUCCAGAAACCAAGGUUACCACGUUAGAAAAUGGUCUUCGUGUUGCAUCUGAGGACUCUGGUCUAUCUACCUGCACUGUUGGUCUUUGGAUAGACGCUGGAAGCCGCUAUGAGAAUGAAAGGAACAAUGGCACAGCACACUUCUUGGAACACAUGGCUUUUAAGGGUACAAGAAAGCGCUCUCAGCUUGACUUGGAGCUGGAGAUUGAGAACAUGGGAGCACAUCUGAAUGCCUACACCUCCAGAGAGCAGACUGUGUAUUAUGCCAAAGCCUUCUCUAAGGACCUGCCCAGAGCUGUGGAGAUCCUGGCUGACAUCAUCCAGAACAGCAUGCUGGGUGAGUCGGAGAUAGAGCGCGAGCGAGGGGUCAUCCUCAGGGAGAUGCAGGAAGUGGAGACCAAUCUACAGGAAGUGGUUUUCGACUACCUCCAUGCCACAGCAUAUCAAACCACAGCUCUGGGUAGGACAAUCCUGGGGCCCACUGAAAACAUCAAAACUAUUAACAGAGGAGAUCUGGUGGAAUACAUCACAACCCACUACAAAGGCCCCAGAAUAGUCUUAGCUGCUGCUGGAGGGGUCUCUCAUAAUGAGCUGAUUGACUUGGCAAAGUACCACUUUGGGAAGCUUCCUGCCAGAUACAAGGGAGAAGCCCCCACACUUCCUGCAUGCAACUUCACAGGAAGUGAGAUCCGUGUUCGGGACGACAAGAUGCCCCUGGCACACAUUGCCAUAGCGAUCGAGGCUGUUGGCUGGUCUCACCCUGACACCAUUCCUCUCAUGGUUGCCAACACACUGAUCGGAAACUGGGACCGCUCUUUUGGGGGUGGUGUGAAUCUCUCCAGUAAGAUGGCACAGAUGGCAUGCCAGGGCAACCUGUGCCAUAGCUUCCAGUCCUUCAACACGUGCUACACAGACACAGGCCUGUGGGGCCUCUACAUGGUGUGUGAGCCUGGCACUAUAAACGAGAUGGUGCACCUCACCCAGCUGGAAUGGAUGGCCUUGUGUACUAGUGUUACUGAAAACGAAGUAGCAAGGGCAAAGAACCUCCUGAAAACAAACAUGCUGUUGCAUCUUGAUGGUUCCACGCCGAUUUGUGAGGACAUAGGGAGACAGAUGCUGUGCUACAGCCGGAGGAUCCCACUACAUGAACUGGAGGCCAGAAUCGAUGCCAUAGAUGCAAAGACCAUCAAGGACGUGUGUACAAAAUAUAUCUAUGACAAACCACCGGCCAUUGCAGCAGUUGGGCCGAUUGAACACCUCCCAGACUACAACCGCAUCCGCAGUGAGAUGUACUGGAUGAAAACCUGACCUCUGAAGAGAAUUACAAAAGCUAGUAGCAAGCAGCCGACUGUACAGUACAUUAACUGAAACUGAACUUUACAAAGUA